AUGCCCGUCAUUUCUGCCGGUGUGGUGAACAAGCAAGGACAAAUCAUUCUCUCGCGGAACUUCAAUGAGAUAUCGCGCAUCCGCGUGGAGGGACUUCUCUCCGCCUUUCCGCGCCUGCUGGAGUCAUCCGUCAACAAGCAGGUGACCUACAUCGAUGCGGGCGCGGUGCGCUACGUGUACCAGCCGCUGGAAGAUCUCUUCCUCGUGCUCAUCACGACAAAGAAUAGCAACAUUGUUGAGGACCUAGCCACACUGCACCUCAUGGGCCGCCUCAUCCCGGAGUACGUGGAGACCGUCUCUGAGGCGGCGCUAGAGGCCAAGGCAUUUCAGGUGUUCUUCGCCCUCGACGAGGUCAUCGUCGGCGGCAAGCGCGAGAACACAACGGUGGAGCAAAUCAAGACCUACCUCGAGAUGGAGUCGCAUGAGGAGAUGAUGGUGCGGGAGGAGAAGCGGCUGCAGAUGGAGCGCGCCAAGAAGGACGCGGCACGAAAGGCACACGAGCUACGCGACAAGCGGCGCAAGGGCAUGAACCCGUACAGUGGCAUCGGCUCCGAUGACACUGGCUACGGAGGCACUGGUGGGCCAAAUGUGCUGGGCGGCGCAGGCGUUGGCAGCUUCGGCGAUGGCAACCGAAAUCCCGUUGUGUUGCCGCGGCCGGCGGAUGGGGCAUCCGCAGCAGGGCUGACAGGAGCAGCAGCGUCCAGGCCGCCACGCGCGGGUGGCCUUACGCUUGGCCGCGCAAAGAAGGCGGACAUCACGUCGCGGGUGUUGAAGGAGGCGGGGCUACCGCCGCCGCCGCCGUCAAGCACUGCCGCCGGUGCCGCCCAGACUGUUGGUGCGGCACCUGCAGUCACGGAGCACAAAGCGCACGACAGUGGCGUGGAGGGACUGCACAUCAUCGUGGAGGAGAAGAUUAGCGCGCAGCUCAACCGCGAUGGGGAAGGCGGCGAGGUGGACAUCCGCGGUGAGCUGUCGGUGCUUGUUAGUGACCCGCAGCUGGCGAAGGUGAGGCUCCUGCUUGACCAAAUGAGCAAUGAGUUCUCGUUCCGCGCCCACGCGAAAGUCAACAAGGAGAUGUUCGCGGAAGACCAUGUGUUAUCGAUGCGCGACAGCAAGCCAUUCCCGGUGCAGCAGCCGGUGACGAUCCUGCGCUGGCGGCUGCAGAACACCGGCGGCGUGCGUGCACCCAUCAUCUUGUCAUGCUGGCCCAGCACCGGUAGUGUGACGGUGGAAUACGAGCUGGGCAACGCCAGCGCCGACGCCCUCCAUGAUGUGCACAUCGCCAUUCCGCUUCACGGCGCCACGGCAGCUGAAAUGGAGCCGUCCGUCGGCACAUGCAGCAUCGCUAACGGCUGCGUGGUAUGGUCGAUUCCGACGAUUGACGUACACAAUAAUGCGAGCGGGCAUGUGGAAAUUGGGCUCACCGACGGUGGCAAGGGCGCUGCGGAUAAUGUCUUCUUCCCCGUUGACGUGACGUUCACGUCGCAUGCGUCGGCCGGGCAGGUGCGUGUGGUGGAGGCGAUCGAGACUGACAGUGGGGCUCCUGUGCGGUUCAGUCAGGCGACGCACCUCGUGACGGAGGGCUACAUUGUAGCGUAA